AUGAAGCGCUGUUUCGCUCCUGAGGUUUUUUGCGGGUGCUGCUGCGAGCUGUGCCAGCCGGUACGGUGUGUCAUUGAUCAGCAUGAAGUGGAGAUUGUUCCUGCCACAUAUCGCUCGUCAUCAUCAGUGUCCUCCGCGUCGUAUGGGGGGCAUGGCAGCGACCCGGCAAGCGUGGCGAACAGUUACAGAAGCCCCUACGAGGCGACUUCGUACCGGAGUCAGACCGACGACCCUCCCACUUCGCGAAGCACAGCAGUCAGCAGUCACACGAAGCACGCCGCUUCUCACGGCAGGCAUCAACAGCGGAUUUCGCCGUGCCAUUCUCGCUCGCAUCGAGGCGGUCACAUCUCUCGGCGUGACUCGGGGAAAGUCCAAGGUGGCGGAGGCGCUGUGAAGAUGGCACUCUUUUCCGCGCGAGACUUCUCGUUGACUGAGACGUGUCCGUCCGCGGACCGGGGUAUGACGACGUCCGCAGAUGGCUUUACCGCAGGUGAACCUUUCUUUCUCUUCGAAGGUAGUCCGAGGCACGCGUCCGCCUGGCCGUUCCCUCCUCCUGGCGCCCUCGAAAAUUCCUUUCAGGGGCCUCGUACUCACGCGGGAAGUCAGCACGCCCCAAGCGGGACUGCGCAGCAGCCCUCUGCACUGGAGGAUACUUCGUCGGUAGAACUGCCCCAAGGAGCCGUAGCCGGCGGCGCCCCGCGCAGCGCUGCCUCGAGGGCCGGCCCCCACAGACGGUCUGUGGCGAAGCGAGUACCUUCUCUCAACAUCCAGCUGGUGCUGGACCGGCGCGCUGCUCAGUACAAUCAGUCAGCUACCCUGCCGCCAGCGGCAGCGGUUCCUGCUGCUGGAGACAGCUGGAAAGAGGACGACUUGGACGACUCCGAGGGGCCUGCGUUGUGCAGCUCUAGCGCCAGCGCCGAGCCGGCCUCCUCUCCCGCAUCGGUCGUCAGCCUGCCUUCACGCUGCUUUCCAAGGGCUCAAGUGUCCCUCUCGACCACUGCAGUUUCGCCUGAAGGAGGGACUGAAGGGCGAGCUCCGUGCCUGAGAAACUGUGAGAGAGACAGCGAUGCGGAUUCUGCGCGCUCGCCUUCCUCUGACGCCACUCAGAGCGAGGGGACUGCCAGUCGCCUCUUGGGGUCGAGCCGCACUUCCGCAGGGGGUGCGGCCUUGAGAGAUCCUCGCUCAGCUUUAAGUGUGGCGUCGGCGAGAGAUGAGAAAGACUUGUGCACAGCAGGACGCUCAGAGAGAAACAUCAGAGUACAUGCAUUGCGCGGCACGUCUCCUCGGGCUUCGUCUCGCGCGUGUGAGGCUUCAGAGGCGUGCACCCACUCUCCAGAAGUGGCGGGAAGUUGUGCGCGUACAGCAGCAGGUCACACAGCCUCGACGUCCCUGCGCCAGCCUGAAGAGCUGUCACCGAAGUCUCUGUUGCCCACUCAACCGUCAGUAGCAGAAGAUCCCGACAAGCUCUCCGGCGAGCAUCUGAGGAGAGUAGAGUCGGUGGGCGACAUCAAUAAGGAGUUUUUGUUCGUGGAACAGACGACGGCAAGGAGCUCUUCUAGCUCGCCGCAGGGUUCUGAGCCUGUGAGCAGCCUCACGGAGGUGGAACAUGAGCGUCUGGUGCGGUUGGAACAACAGCAGCGGGUUCUUCUGCACGCUGUUCGGCAUCAGGAGCGGAGCCUCAUCCGGCUGGCACAGCAGCGGGAGCACGAUACUCAGCGGUGGCAAGGCGGGUCUCAUCAUACGGAUUCAGAUCGUUUUUCUCAUUGUUUUGAUGGGGACCUCAGCAGCCAUGGGCGUCCAAGCAGCUGCUGGAGCGUCGCGACUUCCUCGCAGGUGUUGCGAGAAUUGACCUCCACGGACAGCCUCUCCUUUUCCUCUUUCCACUCUUCCCGCAGAGGUUCUCUGCUGUCUGCAAAGGAAGAUGGUGGUACUGGAGGCCAGUUGCCGAAGGGCGCCGCUCGCGUCAGCAUGUUUUCUCUCGCCCAGCCCAUGAGCUCUUGCCUGUCUCGGAGCCUGGAAGAGUUGACCGCAUCCGCUCACGGCAAUCCCCGGCACUCGGCGCAGAUUCUUCAGCAGCUUCGCCAAGAGACCCAUUCCCGGAGUGCCUACAUUCAGCAGCAGCACCUGCGCGACAGCCUGGCUCACGAUCGCGUGGUCCUUCGGGCGCGUACAGCUGUGGAUCCACAGGCCGCUAGUCCUCCAGCCGCGCUCUGUCGGCGAUUCCAAGAGAUUCACGAGAAGGCAGGCAGGAGGGGCCGAAGCGACUUGAGGCAUCGGAGCGAGGACCCUGUCCCAGUGCCAGACGCAAGGUCGUCGGCAGGCCGGAGCGAUCCACUUUUCAAUUCUACCCGUCUGAGAACUUCGCUUCGGACGAACGACGGAAAAACGCAACUGCAGUGCCCACGCCCGAAUAGCCCGGCUCAGCGAUCAAGAUCAGGCGAAGUAGAUUUGUCCGUGUUAGGGGAAGCGCACUUCAGCGCAGGAGCCCGGCUAGUUCUCCGAGAGAGAAGACGACCACACACUGCCGGCGCUGCCGAGAAAUAG